AUGGAAACGUCCAGUGCAAACGUCAACAACAUUCACACUGGCCCUCAUAGUGAAGGUGUGGAGAGUUUCACAGGAGGACCAACUGAUUCCCUCCGGCCUCCACCACACACUGCGAAGAAAACACACCGCUGUGAGCUGUGUCAGAAGAACUUCUGUAAUGCGGCAUAUCUACAGCUUCAUCAGCGAAUCCACACCAGAGAAAAACCGCACACCUGUGAGCAGUGUGGUCGAAGUUUCACUAUGUCUGUGACUUUAAGGAGACAUCUCCGGACCCAUACUGGAGAAAAGCCGUACAGCUGUGACCAGUGUGGGAGAUGCUUCUCUUACCUAAGUGGUCUGACUGUUCAUCAGCGGACCCACACUGGAGAAAAACCUUUCACCUGCGACCAGUGUGGGAAGUGUUUUAUUCAAUCUGGUAAUCUGAAGAGACAUCAGUGCCCCCAUGCUGAAGAAAAGCCUUACACCUGCAAUCGGUGCUGGAAACUCUUCCCUUACCCAAGUGAACUGAGGGUUCAUCAGCGGAGUCACACUGGAGAUAAGCCUUACACCUGUGACCAGUGCGGAAAGAGUUUUAUUCAAUCUAGUCAUCUAAGGAUCCAUCAGGGCACUCAUGUUGGAGAAAAGCCGUACAGUUGUGACCAGUGUGGGAAACGCUUUCCUUUCCAGUGUCGUCUGAGGCUUCAUCAGCGGACUCACACUGGAGAAAAGCCUUACAGCUGUGACCUGUGUGGUAAAAGUUUCACUCAAUCUAAAGCUUUAAAGAUCCAUCGUUACAUUCACACGGGAGAGAAGUUCUGCAGCUGUGACCAGUGCGGGAAAAGCUUCCUUUACCGUAGUAAUCUGAAGGUUCAUCAGCGGAUUCACACCGGAGAAAAGCCGUACAGCUGUGACCAGUGUGGGAAGAGUUUUACUCAAGCCAAUAAUCUAAAAAAACAUAAAUGUGCAGGAAAAAAGCCUCACAUCUGUGAGCAGUGUGGGAAAUGCUUUCCUCAUCAGAAAAACCUGAAGCUUCAUCAGAGAGUACACCUGAUCUGUCUGUCUCGGCUGUUUAACAUCGCUAAGAACACGUCAUGA